CAUUGGCCAGGUUGGGCCGCGGGGCUACAAGCAGCGCCCGCUCUAUAAGUGCGGAGCCGGCGGCUGCGGAGCCAGGCGAGGCUCAGGAUGGUGGACAGUGUGUACCGGACCCGCUCAUUAGGGGUGGCAGCCGAAGGGCUCCCGGACCAGUAUGCGGACGGGGAGGCGGCGCGCGUGUGGCAGCUCUACAUCGGGGACACCCGCAGCCGCACCGCCGAGUACAAGGCAUGGCUGCUUGGGCUGCUGCGCCAGCACGGCUGCCAGCGGGUGCUCGACGUGGCCUGUGGCACCGGGGUGGACUCCAUCAUGCUGGUGGAAGAGGGCUUCACCGUGACAAGCGUGGAUGCCAGUGACAAGAUGCUGAAGUAUGCACUUAAAGAACGCUGGAACCGGCGACAUGAGCCAGCCUUUGAUAAAUGGGUCAUAGAAGAAGCCAACUGGAUGACUCUGAACAAAGAUGUGCCCUUGCCAGCAGAAGGUGGCUUUGAUGCUGUCAUCUGCCUUGGAAACAGUUUUGCCCACUUGCCAGACUGCAAAGGUGAGGGAGGGUGUGGCCUUGGGCAUGGCCCUUGCCUUGAGCCCCUUUCCACAGACCCCUGGACACUUGCUCUCCUGCCAAAGCACACUCUGCUUUUUUUUCCUUUCUCUGCCUUGGCUCUGGCACCCCUGGGAAGGGGAGAGGUAGGAGGGAGACUGGUGCUGGGGGUCCUGAGCAGACAAAGCCUUUCUAUCCCUAUCUGGAGCUCAGGGGACCAGAGUGAACACCAGGUAGCAUUGAAGAACAUUGCAAGCAUGGUGCGGUCAGGGGGCCUGCUGAUCAUUGAUCAUCGCAAUUAUGACCACAUCCUCAGCACAGGCUGUGCACCCCCAGGGAAGAACAUCUACUACAAGAGUGACUUGACCAAGGACAUCACAACAUCAGUGCUGACAGUGAACAACAAAGCCCACAUGGUAACCUUGGACUACACGGUGCAGGUGCCAGGGGCUGGCCAGGAUGGUUCUCCUGGCUUGAGUAAGUUCCGGCUCUCCUACUACCCGCACCGCCUGGCAUCCUUCACGGAGUUGCUGCGAGCAGCCUUUGGGGGCAAGUGCCAGCACAGCAUCCUGGGCGACUUCAAGCCUUACAAGCCGGGUCAGGCCUAUAUUCCCUGCUACUUUAUCCACGUGCUCAAGAGGACAGACUGAAUGUGGCCUCAGUUCCCAUGACCCUCUGCACCCAGGCACUUCCAGCUGUCUGGGAGAUGGGAACCAGCAGCUUCUAGAGCAGAUCACAGCUGGGGCACAGGGAUGUGGGUUCAGGUGAACAGAAGGGCAAACAAUAUAGUCUGUACCUUUUUCA